CGGCGGGCGCGGGCGUCCACAGAUCCAGAGAUCAAAAACGCUCGGCCCUGUGUGCCCGAUUUGCAGCCUGACUGCAACCCCCGGCAGCGUGCUCGGCAUGAGCCUUGACCUCUCGCUCAGCUUCUCGGGCUGCGGUGCGCUGCUCACCUACCACCUCGGCGUGGCGACUCGGUUGCUCCGGCACAGCGGGCCAGUUGCGACUCGCGUCACGCGCUUUGCCGGGUCCAGCGGCGGUGCGAUCGCUGCAGUGGCCAUCGCGAUGCUUUCGCGUGAGCGGCUGCUCGCAUUCACGGAGGAGUACGCGGUCCGCGGACGGGCGAUGGAGGGUAUACUCCACGCGCUCGGCGUCUCGGCACGUUCGCUCUCCGACGUUGGCGGCGGCAGCCAGCCAGCUGACCAGCCUUGCUCGGCGGCGGAGCGGCUCAGCGGGCGCGUCUUCAUCGGCGCGACCGAGUGCACGAGCGGCAGGCCGGCUCUCUUCUCGAGAUUCGCCUCCAACGAGCAGCUCGCCCGCUGCCUCGUCGCCUCCUGCACGAUACCUCCGUCGGCGAGGCCCACCCCAACGUCACCCUUCCGACUGAUGACGGCGCACCCCUUCGACCUCCUCCGCUCGGCGCCAACCUACCCCGAAGCAGCAGGCGUCACGCUGCCGCCGCAGUGCGAGUGGGACGGCGGCGAGGCGAGGCGAGCUGCCGCCUCCUCGGGCGCCGGCGGGGCGGCCUUCGUCGACGGCGGUCUCUCUCAGGCGGCGCCCUGGCUGCCGCCGCCUCUCUCCGCAGGACGAGCCAUCACCAUCUCGCCUCUCUGCGGGCCGCGCGGAGUCUUGUCGCGCCGCGGCGGCCGUGGGGGCGGCGGCGGCGGCGGCGGCGGCGGCAGUAGCGAUGACGGCGGUGGCGGCGUGACGCAUCUCCACCUCUGCCCGAUCGAGACGUCGCCACGCAUACCCCUGGCAGCACCGCGGCUGGCGGGCUUGCGGCUCUUCCUCUCGCUCGACAACCUGCGCGCUGCCGGUGCGUCGAUCGGCGCAUCGCCGGACGAGCUGAGGUGGUGGCACGACAGGGGGGCGGAGGACGCGCGGGAGCUCGAGGCGUGGAUCGAGGAGACGUGCAUCUAGAACAUGCCGAUGUAUUCCAGACACGCGAGCGCGAGCGAGCAUGGGCCAUGCCCAUGGCCGCCACUUUCAAAGACUAAAAGUGCCGCACUUAGCGGGUCUCCGUCCCUCCAACAAGAGAGUAACGCAGUAAGCCGCCUCCCUCUCGCGCGGCGUUCUGUGCGAGCUGCGUCCUGCGAGGCGUGCCGCGUGUGCUUCGGCGCGUGUUUAUAAUUGUCUUCAUGU